AGUCAUUGUGUCGGGGUUCUCCAUUUCAGUGGCUCCUCUUUAGCUCAUCACACGGAGGCGGUGCGGGGACAGGUCCCCCUCUUUACUUUGGACUUUUUGGGCCAAUCACCUAAACGUAAAGCUGGAGUUAACCAAUCACGUCGCUGGAGGACCUGAACCCGGAAGUUGUCACUUUCAAAGCACAUGAGAGGGGUGUAAGGCUGGUCAGAGUUGUGCAGAUGAAAAAUGUGUGGCUGAGAGGAGGGAGAAGAGAGGGGAGAUUACUGCUACAUUCAGAGAUGACCGGGAAUAAAAAUACAAAGCAACACAGCAAAACAGUACAUAACUCUGGAUUUUCAGCAGGCCUCUCUACUCAACCUUGUUACACUCAUACCUGCCCUGCAUAAAUCAACAGCAGUUAUCGUGAAGAGGAUGCAGAUAUUUCAAUGAAUGAACGCUCGGUUGACUGCGGGAGGGGAAUAGGAGGAUGUUCCUCGGGGACUGAAGCGCCUCCCCUUUAAUCGCUCGGCUGGCGGAGCUGGAGAGUCGCUCUCUUCACUCGCACGUUUGCCUUCAGCGAGUGAAGAGGAGCUCGUGUCACUGCUCGUGGGUUGUUUUUUUUUUUAUUCCAGAGAAGCUGCUGCUGGUCAUUUUUUUUCUCCUCUUGUUCCUGUUGUGGAAUGAAAAAGGAGAGGCAGGUUUUGUGUCGUUUCAGUGUCAGCGUCAUGAAGAAACGCGGAGUAAAGCAUCCAAAGUGGCACUAGGUAGUAGCCUCCUGCUCUCCGUCUCUCUCCCUCAUCACACACCAGCACUGUUUGGCUGAGCAGCGAUGGCCAAGUGGCUGAAAGACUACCUGAGCUUUGGCAGCAGGAAGGUGCCUCCACAGCCGCCCACACCCGACUACUCCGAGAGCGAGAUCCUCAAAGCGUACCGGCUCCAGAGGGACCUGGACUUCGAGGAUCCCUAUGAGGACUCAGAGAGCAGGCCCAGGGCCGAGUCUGGGCCGUCGGGGCCGUCUGACCCUGCCACGCCGGUGUACGGGUCACCCAUGAAGUCGUCCAGCGUGGACGUGAAGUCCCCCAAGCACAGACUGAUCAAAGUGGACUCCCAGGAGCUCGGGCGCACCAAGAUCCUCCUCAGUGCCGUCUCUAUAGAGGAACAGCAAGAGCCUGUGGUGCCCUCUGCCCCGCUGGCAGGGGACACGGACUAUUCUGAUCCUUUCGACGCUCGGUUGGAUCACCGGCUGGAGACAGACCUCGGACCCAUUCCCUGCGAGAACAACGGCUACAUGGAGCCGUACGAAGCCCAGAGGGUCAUCACAGAGCUGCAGCGUGGCCCGGGAGGAGGACGGAUGCGUGGCGGGUUGCAGCUCUACGACACUCCCUAUGAAGACGAGCGAGGACAGCGACUGGGCCUUGUGUACGGAGACGCUCAGGAGGAGGGCAAGGAGAACAGCAGGCUGCCGCAGGAUGACGAGAGGCCGGCUGACGAGUACGACCAACCCUGGGAGUGGAAGAAGGACAACAUCUCCAAAGCUUUCGCAGAAAUGAGGGAGUUGUCGGAGUUGCCCUGGCCUGCCCCGGUGGGUCAGCUGGAGGAGGAGCCCCCCGUCAGAGAGCAAGUGCAGUUUGACGGCGCAGAGUGGGACCGCUCCUCGUCGCCCACAGAACGCUUGCGUCCUCCGGGGCCGCGGUCCAGCCCGCUGGCAGGAGGGGGCAUGAAGUUUCGUAUGCCGCAGGAAGGCUUGACAAUGGUUGGGGAGAGAGUGGACGCCACUGUUCCUCUGGAAAAGCAGGUAUGGUACCACGGAUCACUGUCUCGUUCUGAGGCAGAGUCGCUGUUAUUGCUGUGUAAAGAGUGCAGCUACCUGGUGAGGAACAGCCAGGCCACCCGCUCCGACUUCUCCCUGUCCUUACGGAGCUGCCAGGGUUUCAUGCACAUGAAGUUCACGCAGUAUAAAGACGGCAAGUACGUGCUGGGUCAGAACAGCCCUCCGUUUGACACCAUCCCAGAGGUGAUACACUUCUACACCACACACAAACUCCCCAUCCGAGGGGCCGAGCACUUGUCCCUGCUGUUCCCUGUGCUGGUGCAGACACUCUGACUGACGCGUCCCGCUCCCUCUGGACCUCCAGGAUUUCAUUGAGCUCAGACAAUUAAAAACUUGAAUGUUUGACGGGACCUUCCCAGCGGAGUGCCAUCAACUGUAGUCCUGUAUUGGACCGGACUACUUUUGAUGAAUCGACACCCCACGGAGCUAAUGCCUUCACCCACCACUGCUGUUGUACCUGUGCCAAGUGUGUCUAAACAUCCGGGAGGAUUGAUUCACAUGAAAUGCAAUACCUGAACUUUAAGCCACCUUUGUUGUAACUUCUCUCCCUCAUAUCCUUUUGCUAAAUCAAGGGGUUUACAAUGUCAGGACAUCUGAAAUUGUCUCUUUCUUUAUUACAUGUCUCUCACCACUGUCUGAAAGGGGAGAAAGUCUGCAUAUUCUAAACCUCCCCAGUUCACAGAAGAGCUGCAGAAGAUUGAGAUAAACGCCUGCUGUUCCACAGAAACGCACCUCAUCGACACUGGUAAAAUAUUGCUGUUGUCAGGUGAAAACCUUGCAAGUUCUAUUUUGCUUAUUUUUCAUGUUUGAACCGGAAUCAAUAAUUUGAAUUGUACUGAAUAUGGUGAGAAACUUUUGUCAUCCUCUGGGCUCAGAAACCCUGGUUGUAAAUUUUAAGAAAAUAUUGAUUUUAAAAAAACAAAAUGCUAUUUUUGAAGAAAAAAGGUUUUUACCAACAACAGUGAUGUUUUAAAUGCUUUUCUACACGAAGCCACACAGUUGAUUUCCCUUCAGUCUGUUCUGUGCCGUCAUGCUGCUGCUGUAUGUCGAUGAUUUGCUUGACACGUCUCCAUGUUACUUGUUGAUUGUUCACUGUAAGCAACAGAGAGGCUGUGUUGUAUUGGUGCUCGUGCUGACCUUGCUGACCUGUAUCUCUUGUUGGUUGCCUACGUUGCAUUUGGUAGACAAUGCUGGGUUUGUUAAAAACGAAAGGAAAAAAAACAACAACUCCUCA